CCUCUGCGCUGCUCCCUUCGUCCCUUUCCUUUCGCUGGUUUCUUUCGUCUUUGGUUUGUCGGUCAGAUAUAUCUUUUGUCCCAGUACAUCUUCAUUUUCUUCUCCAGUCGUUCCUUUCUCAUCCCGUUCUUGUGUCGAGUUGCUUUCUGUUGGUCGACGGCGCAAGCGCAUGCUUCUGUAAUACUUCACUUCACUUGGACACUUUCAGUAUGGCGGCACCACCAGUCAGACAAUGGGGAGUUACCCCUCCCAUCUCCACCGUUUUACCGACCCCCGACGAGCUUGCAGCAAACGAUGAUCUUAUCACGGAGUUGAAGGUGCAGAAUAAUUUUGAGAGCCCUGCGGAGACGGAACGAAGGAAACAAGUAUUGCAGCUCAUCCAGCGUGUUACCGUUGAAUUCGUCAAAACAGUCAGUCGGAAGAAGGGUCUCUCUCAAGCAGCCGUCGAGGCCGCCGGAGGGAAGAUCUUCACGUACGGAAGUUAUCGCCUGGGUGUUUAUGGACCAGGCUCGGAUAUUGAUACCUUGGUUGUCGGCCCAAAGCAUGUUAUUAUCGAUGACUUCUUUUCGGAUUUCCCACCGAUUCUAGAGAAGAUGGCUGCUCCGGGAGCUAUCGAGAAGAUGACUCCGGUCCCCGACGCCUACGUUCCGAUCAUCAAACUCGAAUUGUCCGGCAUCAGUAUUGAUUUGAUCUUUGCUCGCUUGAUCAUUCCUUCGAUUCCUAUGAACUUGGAUCUUAAGAACAAUGAUUACUUGCGGGGUUUGGAUGAGAGGGAGGUGCGGUCGCUUAACGGCACUCGUGUGACGGAUGAAAUCUUGGAGCUCGUGCCCCAGCAGAAGACAUUCCGGCUUGCUUUGCGCGCUAUUAAGCUUUGGGCUCAGCGCCGUGCGAUUUAUUCGAACAUUGUCGGUUUCCCGGGUGGUGUUGCUUGGGCCAUGUUGGUGGCGAGAGUGUGUCAGUUGUACCCUCAGGCUACUGGCUCGGUGAUUGUGGGCAAAUUCUUUCGCAUCAUGAAUAAGUGGGCUUGGCCCCAGCCGGUUCUUUUGAAGCCGAUUGAAGAUGGGCCUCUGCAGAUGAAGGUCUGGAACCCCAAGAUCUACCACGGCGACCGUUUCCACCUGAUGCCUAUCAUCACUCCUGCCUACCCCUCUAUGUGUGCGACCCACAACGUCUCAAUGUCCACCAAAGCAGUCAUUCUUCGUGAACUCCAGCGUGGUGGAGACAUCGUGGACAAGAUUUUCUUGAAACAGCUGCGCUGGGAAGAUUUGUUCGCGCGACACACAUUCUUCACCAAGGAUUACAAAUACUACCUCAGCAUCACCGCAUCGAGCAGAACCAAGGAGGCAGAGUCAGUCUGGUCUGGCCUUGUUGAAUCUAAGAUCAGACAUCUUGUUGGAGCUCUGGAUAGGAAAGCAACUAUUGCCAUCGCGCACCCCUUUCCCAAGGGAUUUGAGAGAGUUCAUCGUGUCUCUUCGGAGGAGGAAAUCGAGGCUGUUAAGACCGGAUCUACCAAGUAUCAAGAUAAGGGAACAAAGACUGAGACCACCGAUGAGAUGAAGGAUGCGGCCCAUCAGGCUGCGGCCCAGAACGGGGCAGAGAACACUGAUGUUGCAGCAGCCGAGAAUAAGCCCGUUGAUGACACUCAUGUCAUGUAUACGACGACUUACUAUAUCGGGUUGGAGCUCAAGCCACUCGAGCCAGGUGCCUCCCGGUCGCUGGAUAUCUCGACCGAUGCCCAGAUCUUCAAGUCGACGUGUACCUCGUGGCCAGGAUACCAGCCCGGUAUCAAUGAUCUAGCGAUCACCCACGUCCGCAACAUAAGUUUCCGAUUAACUCCCGUCAGCUUUGAUCUUCCCGAGGAUGUGUUCCAACCGGGAGAGACUCGCCCUACCCGCCCGAAGAAGAAGAUCGUCAAGAAAGCCGAGAUCAGUGGCCAGAAGCGCAACAUCGAAUCCUUGGACGACCCGUCCCACCCCGCUGCCAAACGCCAAGUCCCCUCCAACGGAAUCGUCAAUACAGCAAUGCCCGCCUGA